AUACACCGUCAGAAACAUCCCAACACUCACACACACAGAAACAUGUCGUCUCAGAGAACUUUCUGGAUUAGCGUCCGCAGGAACCUCAUGUUCUCCACGUCGCUCAUCUUUAUUUUCAACACUUUUCUCGCCUCAGGGGCAGAUUCUGUGGCAACAGAGGUGUUUGCACCGACGGGUUCUGAUGCAGUUCUACCCUGUCAGUCCACGUCCAGUCCUCUGUCCACCGUCAUCUGGAAGAAAGACAACAGAGGAACUGUGUGGAGAAAGCAGAGGAGCGGGCUCCAGUACUGGGGCGCCAGCUGGACACAGAAGGGCGUCUAUCGUGCUCACUGCCCCCACCCUCAGUUCAUGAAGGGGGACUACAGCCUGCUGAUCUCCAGGGUGGUGCCGGAGGACGGAGGUGUUUACUUCUGCAGCGUGGAGCACCUCGGCCUCACCACCACCGUCACCGUCACACUGAGAGUCAUGGCCGUGUCCAUCUUUCCAUCCGUCCCCAUCCCGGGGGGGAAGGUUUCAGUCACCUGUGAUGUGACUCCGUGGCCUGUAGGGGCGUCGGUGCAGUGGAUGUUAAACAACCAGUCAUAUUCCCCUCCGAGUGUCAGCACGUCAAACAAAAACACCAUGGUCAUGCAGCAGGUGGCGAUGAAGCUGACGGGAACCUGGACCUGUGUGCUGGGCUACAAGGGCAGAGAAGGUCGCGUCUCGGCCGACCUGUCAGUCAAAGGCAUUAUCCACCCCCCCACCGACGACACCAGGGUGUACGCCGCCGUGGGGUCUGCGGUCCACCUGCCCUGCGUCUUCUCCCCUGGAUUCACCCCCUCCUCGUCCCUGUGGGAGAAACUGCAGCCUGCCUCUUUUUUCUCCAAACUUACCCCCGAUCGUUUGCCCCCCUCCUUUUUCACCCCCCCACCGUCCGAUCAGAGUCCCUUGGACAAGUCUGCCGGUUUGAAGGAGGUGGACUUCCAGGACGGGGGCAGGUACAGAUGCUCCGGGACCAUCCAGGGGCAGAGUCUGACUCGAGUGAUGAAACUCGUCGUUGCUAAAAUUGUCAGAAGUGCGGGGUCAGAAGGUCAACACUCGGCCACGCUGACCUGUCAGUUGUCCGACGACAGUGAAGUCACUGGGUACGAAUGGCUGCAGGUGACCAGCGAGGUCAACGGCAGCCAGACGGUCAGGUCUGUCCAUCAGGGGGAGACUCUGAGCAUCAGCCUGCUGUCGGAGGACACGUGGACCACCUGGGUUUGUCUCUUCUCAAAAAAAGACGGCAUUCUGGGAAACGUGACGUAUCAAGUCCAGAUGACGAGCAGUUUGACUGGACAAAGGUCGACAGGACUGUCCCAGAACACAGUGGCAGUGGUUGGACUCAGUGUUCUGUUGCUGGUUCUGCUGCUGGUUCUGGCUCAGACGUACAAGAACGUCCAACGGAGGAAACGGAUCCUUCAGUACCCGGCUCUAGAGGGCAUCGUUCACAGCAUUUCCAAUGAGCGCGAGAAGAGAGAGAGGACCAGAGUGAAAGAGUGACUCCGUGCCACGGUCAACUGUGUUGUUGUUGAUGUAACAAAGUGUAACUAAAAUGUGUUUAUACACGCAAACAUAUACUGUAUAUUAAUAUAAAAUGUUUAUUCUUUUCAGCUGUAAAAAUAACUUUCUUGUAUGUACAUAUAAAAAACAUGAUUUUUCUUUUUUUUUUUACAUAAAGUGCAUUUAAAAAAAUAAGCCGCUUUCGUUUCUAUCAUCACGUCCUGUACAAGGAAAACGUUACCGUUAUAAAUAAAAAAAUGUGAAGUCAGAUUAAAAAAAGAUGUUUUGGUAAAAUAUACAAAACUUUAACGAACUAACAUUACUGUAAAUGAGUUAAAUUACACUAUUACACACUAUAAUACACUAAUAUUAUAUGUAUGUAUGUAUGUAUCUAUAUGUGUAAAUAUAUAUGCAUAUAUGUAAAUAUACGUAUAAAUAUACACAUAUAUUCACACAAACAUAUAUAUAAAUAUAUUUAAUCCUCCUAAAUUCAGAGGCUGUGUGAUUAUGGAGGGUGGGGCGGGGGG